AUGAUUGAAAGCCUCGUUAUGUCUCCGGCUUCCUAUACUGCAACUCCGGUUUCUUCCCUGGUUACUCCUUCACAUCCAACUCCCCACAAAGAUGAGACUCUGAAAUCGUGGGCUAAGAUCGGGUCUUUGGUUCAUAGAGGCGUGGUCAAUGUUGACGGAGAAACUUUGGAUAUUGCCAGUGUGGUUGCUGUUGCUCGGUUUGAGGGAUGCGGCGCAAAAGUAUCCAAAGAUACCAAGGUUACUGAGAGAGUUGAAGCGGGAAUCGAGACAUUCAACGACUACCUUUACAAAGGGUAUUGCAUAUAUGGAGUCAACACUGGCUUUGGAGGCAGCGCCGAUACCCGUACAUCAGAUGUCAUCCGACUACAGCAAUCGCUCCUCCAACUGACCCAGUCAGGGAUACUCUCAGGAAGCGACUUUUCUCCGCGCAUGGGCGACUACAACCUAUCUUCACACGCCAUGCCAGUGACAUGGGUUCGAGCGACCAUGCUUGUACGCUGCAACCAUCUACUGCGCGGCCACUCUGGCGUCCGGCUGGAGAUCAUCGAUACGGUGUUGAGAUUGCUUCGGGCAGGUCUCACUCCGAUUAUCCCAUUGCGCGGGUCGAUUUCUGCGUCGGGCGAUCUCAUGCCCCUCUCGUAUCUCGUUGGCAUUUUGGAAGGAAACCCUGAUAUCAAGGUUUACUGGGAUCGCAAACCAGAGGCUGCGAUUGUGUCUGCGACAAAGGCGCUGGAGAUUAUUGGAAUCCCGCCUUUCAUUUUGAAACCGAAGGAAGGUCUUAGUUUGAUCAAUGGCUCGGCUGCUUCUGCUGCUGUUGCAUCUUUGGCGGCGCAUGAAGCCAGUCAGCUGGUCUUACUCGCUCAAGGUCUUACGGCGCUAACGUGUGAGGCUAUGAUGGGUAAUGCGGAGAAUUAUCAUGAAUUCCCUGCGAAGAUUAGGCCGCAUCCUGGCCAAAUCGAAGUCGCAGCCAAUAUCCGCAAGGGAAUCAUCAACUCCAAGUUGAUAGAAACCUCGGGAACGAAAGAUCGUCUGCGUCAGGGACUAAUCCAAGACCGAUAUGCCCUCCGUGGUGCAUCGCAGUGGCUUGGACCGGUAGUCGAAGACCUAAGACUAGCCAUCCAGCAACUCACCACAGAACUCAACUCCACACAAGACAACCCCGUCAUAGACUCUGAGUCAGGAGAAGUAUACUUCUGCUCCAACUUCCAAGCAGCGUCCGUCUCGAUGGCCAUGGAAAAGACACGCGGAGGCCUCCAGAUGAUCGGCAAACUGCUAUUCAGCUACUCGUCCGAGCUCAUCAACCCAGACAUGAACAAAGGUCUCCCAGCAAAUCUCGCAGCCGAUGAUCCUAGCUUGUCAUUCACGAUGAAGGGCGUCGACAUCAACAUGGCCGCGUACAUGUCUGAGCUUGGCUUCCUGGCCAACUCGGUGACUUCGCAUGUACAGUCGGCCGAGAUGAACAACCAGCCUAUCAAUUCUCUUGCGCUGAUCUCAGCACGGUAUACGCUGCAGGCUGUCGAGCUGGUCUCCAUGAUGAGUGCGGCUCUUUUGUAUGUGACAUGCCAAGCGGUGGAUCUGCGCAUUCUUCACGAGACUUUCCUGGAGAAUCUAUACAGUGUGCUGUAUUUGGCAUUUGACUCUGUACAAAUGAGGCAGGAUAAGAGUUCCGCAAUCCGAACUGAGCUCCUCCAAGCUCUCCGCAACUCGUGGGGACAUUCUGCGCGUGACGAUCUCUCUGUUAGGAUCCAGGCACUGUCCACAGCCAUGGCGCCGGUCCUGCUAGCAAAUGCCAAGGAGCUCAGCACAGAAGAUCCAUUUGCGGUAAUUGAGCAUCUGCAAAAGGAGAUCCGUCAAGAAGCAAAGACGUUAUUUCUGGGCUUGCGAGUGAAGUCAUUUUGUGGCGACCUAAACGCGGAGUCAUCUCUUGGACCUGCUGCUAAAGCCCUCUACCGCUUUGUCCGACGGGAGCUGGAUGUUCCAUUCCACUGCGGCAUUGGAGAACAUCCUACGGGUGAUACGGAGGCUGCGGCGGACAUUCCUCCUCGUCCGCGGAAAACUGUCGGGUCGUGGAUUUCGAUUAUUUACGAUGCUAUCAGGGAUGGGAGGAUUCGGCAGCCUUUGGGGGAUGAUUGGAGAUGUUGCAAUGGCUUCUAG